UUAAAGUGCAAUAAAAAGUGAUUCGAAAUGGCACGCUACUUUAAAGAACAGGACAUUGAUGAGUUCCGCGAGUGCUUUUAUCUGUUCGCCCGUUCGGGCCAAAUAAACAACUUGGACGAACUAACGGUUAUUAUGCGUUCUCUGGGGCUGUCGCCGACCAUCCAAGAACUGGUUUCGUACCUGAAGCAGAAGAACGGCAAAAUGAGCUUCGCCGACUUCCUGGACAUCAUGCACCAGCACUCUAAGGUGGAGAGCCUCCCGGAUGAGGUGAUUGCCGCCUUCAAGGCAGCCGAUCCCCAGAACAAGGGCACUAUAUCCGCCCGGCAGCUGCGCAAUCUCCUCCAGAACUGGGGCGAGGGCCUGUCCAUGCGCGAGGUGGACAAUAUUUUCCGAGAGGCUAACGUUAACAACAACAGCACCGUGCGCUAUGCGGACUUUGUAAAGAUAGCUUGCGCCCCAGUCCCAGAUUACUACUAGAUCCGGGUUACAUCUUAUUUUAAAACAUUCCAGCAAAUUUCGCACCCAAAUGAUUUCGCACAACAAACAAUUGCUGUAAAGCAAAAUAAACGUGUUUAGGAAAA